AUGGCAUCUACAUCAACUGGCUUACCACCUAAUUGGACAAUUAGAGUGUCUAGAACACACAACAAAGAGUAUUUCUUGAAUCAAUCUACCAAUGAGUCGUCUUGGGAUCCGCCUUAUGGUACUGACAAAGAAGUAUUGAAUCCAUACAUCGCAAAAUUAAAAAACAACGGGUACAAGCCACUUGUGAAUGAAGAUGGGCAGGUGAGAGUUUCUCAUUUGUUGAUCAAGAAUAAUCAAUCAAGAAAACCCAAAUCAUGGAAGUCGCCGGAUGGGAUAACCAGAACUAGAGACGAAUCUAUACAGAUAUUAAAGAAACAUUUGGAAAGAAUAUUGAGUGGUGAGGUUAAACUAAGCGAAUUGGCAACUACUGAAAGUGACUGUAGCUCCCAUGACAGAGGUGGUGAUUUAGGGUUUUUUAGCAAAGGACAAAUGCAACCACCGUUCGAAGAAGCCGCAUUUAAUUUGCAUGUUGGAGAAGUCAGUAAUAUAAUUGAAACCAACAGUGGUGUUCACAUCCUCCAAAGAACAGGGUAA